UUUUUAAGUUCCUACUAGUGCUUAAAUGUCGAGGAUGUGCGAAUAGAAAUUUAGAAUACGCGUUGAUGGUCCCGACGAUCUCUAAAUCACUGCGAAGUUUGUUUAGUUAGACUUAUAGCUAUUAGUUAGUCUGUUAUUAGUAAUUAUUAGUCUGUGGUAACACCGGGGCGAACUAUAGUGAAGAAUUUUGAAUUUUCUUUACGGUUUACGGUUUUAAAAAGUAUGCAGGUGUAAGGGUCCACAUAAUUCGCUUUAGUUUUGAUAAUAUUCUUGCUCGUGAUAUUUAGUCGGAAAUAUAUUUUAUAAUUAUAUUGUGUUUCGGCUGCCACCUGCUGAAAAUCAUUCAAGCAUGUCUCAUUUUCGACGAAACGCAGGUCUGCAUACUGUCCACGUUUUUUAAAUCGAGGUAUAUGGUGUCACGUGGGAGAUUGGUUACAGGAUUACAUUGACUUCUGCACAUCCGUUCUGCGCAUAACAAAUUGCAAAAAUUGCAAAUCAGUAUGAGCAAGAAAUUGCAAAUUAUGAGAAAGAGGCUGCUGAAGAGGUUCUGGAAGAGGUGGAAAUAAAGUGUGCGAAUGAAGAAGAGAAAGUAUAACAAUACGAGCAAUGGUCUCUACUAAUGGAAACCGCCAAAUUCCGAAACAAACCUCUUUGGAAACCUCUGCAGGGGAGAGGGACAAUCGAAUGGUGAUUUUUUACAUCGACUAAUUUGCACGGCUUUUCGGGGGUCUAUUACGAUAAACAUAAGUUUCAGCACAGUUAACUGUCGUUUGUACUGGUUUCAGUUUAAUUAAAGAUGUAAUAUUAACAUUAAUCGCGCUCAAUUGCGUGAUAAAAUGUACGAGUUUUUCACGACAACGAGUCGACGUUUUCCGAAUGCGUUAUCACGUGGUUUCAACCUUGUUCAGUUGUGUAAAUAAUAAACACUUUUAAAAUGGCGCGCGUCAGGGAGUGAGUGUUAUGUCGUUAUAGAACAUGUGUUUCGCCUUAGAGCUUUGAUUCGUGAUCAGACGAUACCGUUUUUCUGCUCGAGUUAAUAUUUUGGACAAGAGUUUUUAAAAUGUACUUUUGAUGUGAAUUGUUUUUGAACAAUAAUAUACAAUUUGGCAAGAGUCUAUUAUUGACUGACAACUUGAUCUCCAAAGCUUUUAGCCAACAUUAUUAAGGCUAGUUUCAGGUUGUUUUUAAAGAUGUCUGGUGAUAUUCAAGACCACGCGGGUCUAUGGGAUGAAACCUCUGCUUUGGACAUUUCAGCCUGUAUUGCAGAAAAAGCUGAAGAGACCUUGGCUCCUCUUAAAGAAGAUUUAGUUGAUUGGUUAAAAAAAUUGUUUGAGGUUGACAUUACUGUUAACAAUUUUAUGGAAUUUCUUGAUAAUGGUGUCCUUGUAUCAAAGGUUGCCGAAAUGGUCCAUUGUGCUGCUGAACAGUAUUACCAGGCUGGCAAAACUAAGUUCUCUGUGCCGAGGUAUGAGUUUCGAUACCACAAAAAAGCAAAGUCUGGCACAUUUUUCGCAAGGGAUAAUGUGGCAUUUUUUUUGGACUGGUGCAGAUGUUUUGGGGUAAGCGAGUCAGUGUUGUUUGAGUCAGAUGGACUGGUUAUGCAUAAACAACCUCGCGAGGUGGUCCUGUGCCUCCUUGAGGUUGCAAGGCUUGCUGCCAAUUAUGGGAUUGAGCCACCAGGUAUUGUUAACCUGGAGAAGGAAAUUGAUGAAGAAAUUGCAAAUUAUGAGAAAGAGGCUGCUGAAGAGGUUUUGGAAGAGGUGGAAAUGAAAUGUGCCAAGGAAGAAGAGAAAGUAUCAGUGAAGCAAACUAAUAACAAUGUGAGCAGUGGACUUUCACUUGAUAAGGAGGUAUCUCAACUUGCCAAAGCACAUGGUGUAAAAAUAAAAAAGGUAAAGGAAGGUCGAUAUGUUGUCGAAGGAAGGAUAACAAUAUUUGUCAGGAUUCUUCGCAACCAUGUAAUGGUUCGAGUUGGAGGUGGCUGGGAUACUUUGGACAAUUUUUUAAGUCGCCAUGAUGCCAGUAAAAUUGGCAGGAUUUUAACGUCCAAGGCAAUAAAAUAAAGGUACAGAUCUGUGAUCAUGGUUACCACCAAGUUUAAUUUAUUGUGUGCGAGUAAAUUGUAGAUUUUUAUAUUAUUUAUAUAAUUUAUAGCCAUAGGUUUUAAAUAAACAUUAAUUUGUGGCAUGCAUGCAAGUGGCUGUCAAAAAUAUGGAGACUUUUCACCAUGUUUAUAAUUUUUACUGUUUUUAUUUAUAUUUAAUUAUUCUAACCGUAUGUUUUAUUAAUAUUAAGGUAUAUGAUCUAAUUGUAAUUUACAUUGUUGUAACAUAUAAUAGUAUGAUAAUGGAUAUGCACUGUUUAACAGUAGUUUCAUUUUUUUAAAUUAAUUUAAAAGUUUCAUGACCACGUAUUAUUUAUAUUUUUUAUUGAUUUACCGUAGCUGUGUACUUUGUAUCUACGAAGAUUAAAGUUGGUAUUUGUGUUUGAUUUUAAAGUCUCGCACAAAAGGAUGAACGCUUAAUGUUACACUUUUAUACAAUACAGUGAUGAGAUGUGUUCUAUUUCUAUUAAGAAAUAAUGAGCUACA